ACAGCAGACUGCGAGUGGAGCAAAUUUUACCACUGGUUUUGGCACAAAAUGACUGUUACAGCAAUAUGAUGGGAGAGGGCUAUUUCCCAUCAUGCCUCUAUGAUAGGCAGAAGAGGAGGGACUUCCUUCGGAUAAAAUGUAUUAUUAUUAUUAUUAUGCAUUCUUUGUAGAAUCAUUACAAACUAACAAGUACUGUCAAUCUGCCGGUGUUAAUGUAAAACGCCUGCCUGUCACUGACACGUGAACUGAAGUUCCCCUUGAUGCCAAGGUGAUUAUAUUAUAUUAAUGACUUUUCCGAGCCGCUUAUCCUCACAAGGGUCGCGGGAGUGCUGCUGCCUAUCCAUACUGGGAUAGGCUCCAUACCCCUGGCUCUAUUCUGGCAAUUUGCUCAUUAUUACAGUCCCAGCUAAGAUAGGAGUCAGAACUACCGCGACCCUGGUGAGGAUAAGCAGCUUGGAAAAGAGAUGAAUGGAUAUAGUAUUAGAUAUUGAAUUGUAUAACAUAUUGGCUGAUACUGUACAUGUAUUAACGGCUAACAAGUUAAGUGCCGCCAUCUUCUGGUGAUGGCAAAAAAAUGUCCCACGGUCUUCUGUGAACUCCGUUUCCCAUAAUGCCUUAGGGGUGUUAGUGGAAAUGCAGCUUUCAUGAGUGCUUUGGUUUACUAGUAGUGUAUCACAUGUCAAAUCUAAAAUUAAAUUAAAUUAAUCAAAUCGCUACAUGGAACUGUUGCCAGGGUGAAAAGUGACUAUUGGCUGAGAACUACAUUUCCCGUCAUGCCUCAGUGGACACUGGGAAGCAGUGGAGGCGGGACUCGCGUUUCACUCAACAGUUGGGCGCGAGUCAGCUUGUAUCAUGUCAAUAACGUCUCGGCGGUAUUUCGCCUUUACAACUGCUUCUCAAGUCGCCGAGACGUGAUUUUUUUUUCAACAUGCCUUCGAACGUCGGUCUCGUCUCCUCGGCCGCUUUCGUCCGCCUACAUCGCCGAGUGGCGUCAUGAAGAACCGAAGUUUGGGAUCCGUCAAAGCCGGGGGCACGAAGAAGAAAGUCCAGUCCGAUGUGGUGGCCUCUACCAGCCUUCCCCCACUGGUGGAAGGUGAGGUGCGGUGCUUCCUGCGCGUGACCGUCAGCCGCCUGCGCUGGAGCGCGGCAAGGCCCCUGCAGCUGUCGUCGGUGCGCCUGCGCUGGUGGGGGGAGUCGUCCGAUGGCACGCACUUCAUUCCUGAGGGUGCCGUGCUGCCUUGGCAACGGGGCGUCAAGACCACGGCGCGCUUCCCUGUGCGCUGCGGCCCCAAGCAGCUCACCUCGUACCUGGCAGAUAUGGGAAACCUGGUGCUGGAGGUUCUGAGCAACCAGGAUCGCCUCCCCAUCGCGCGAGCUCAAGUCACGGAAAUCUCCCGCCUGUCCCGGUCGCAGCCCAUCACCGGCUUUCACACCCUGCUGUCGCCUACAUCGAAAAAGCUCGGCGAGUUGGAGGUCUCUCUUCAUUUGGAGCCCCUGGCUGCAGAAUGCGACAAGCACACCUCUGGUCCCAGCACUGAGUUCGGCAGCAACAUCCCUCAGGGCGGCUCACUGGCCACGUUUGACGACCCUCCGCCGUCUGACGCAAACAAAUCAGAUGACAGCAGCGGUGGAAACACGCUGAGAGGAAAAGAUGGCCCAUGUUCUCAAACCACACAGACAGAUAAAGAUGAGUCGGUGGGGAACGUGAAGUUGCAAGCAAAUGGUCAAAUAGCUGUGGAUCAGCCAAGCAAUGACAUCCUCUCAGUGAUUCUGGAGCGUGGCAGCAAACUUCGGGACGCGAUGGUUAUGUCAGCAUUGAAAAGCGACAUGCCUUCUGCCCCCUUUCUCCAAGACUUCCAACUCCCUCUCCAGACAGACAGCGCCAAACCCACAUCCAUGCCCUCUGAAAUGUUGCUUGAAAACAUUCAGUUUGCUGAUCCAGCCGUCAAGUCCGCGGAUGAUGUCGGAGACUACGGUCUCCGUUGUUCCCCCGACAUGGAGCACAGAGCUGUGGAUCUCAUCCUUGGCAGGUUGAAAACGUCCCCGUCGCUGCUGUGGCAGGCCGAGGGCUCUUUCCCUGACUCUCUGUCCAGCAUGAGUGGAGACAGUGACCUCGGCGAUCCACAGUAUGAUCAAAGCUUGCUGGAAAAUCUGUUCUACAAGCCUCCGUCACCAGAUUUGAGAGCAGAUGAGAUGGCAGGGGACGCUGAAGGCCAGAAGAACGCUUCUUCCAGGACUGCGAAGCAGUUAAGACAAUCUGUUUCCAGUACACGUGAUAAUGCUGGGACUUUGUCUAGUCCGGUUUCAGAGCUGCAAAACACUCUGGCUGAUUCCCAGAUUCCUUUGAGUCGGGAGCAGCUUACGUUUCUGAGCUUCAUGCGAUCGGCAAAAGUGACCAUCGACUCCAUGAGUGUGCCCACAGGCUGCGCGAGCCCCCCGGCCACUAAGACCCCUAGCAAAUCACCACUGUUGCGCAGAAAGAAGUGCACGUAUUUUGUCGAGUAUACGUUCCCCAAGACUUUCUCGUCUGGCCGACAUGGACAAAGUGUGCUGCCGGGGGUGGAGGUGACCAGGGCUGCUUCCAGUAACGUCACAGAAGGAGUGGUGAACUUCAAUCAGCUGUCGGUGUUCCCCGUCCGUUUCAGCAAAACCGCGGUGGAAGCUUGGUGGUCCACAGAUCUCCUUUUCCGAAUUUAUGCACGAAAGAAUGACCAGAAGAGGGCCGUUCUCAUCGGAGAAGCCCAUCAUCCGUUGCGCAGUCUGCUGCGGAGCAAGCAGCUCAGCGAGUCGCUCACGCUGGGAGUGCGCGGCGUGGAGGCAGCAACGCGGGAACUCUGUCUUCUCAAGGUGCUGCUCGAACUGUCGACCAACAACAGAGUCUCUGAAAUCUCUGGAAAAAGAGAGCCCUCUUGGUCACGCACUACACGUAGUCCUCAAAGAGAGCCCUGCACUACGUCGCAAUGUGUCGACAUUUGCUCGGACGAGCUAGCAGUUCGCACUUCAGAAGACUUCGCCGUGGAUGUUCCCAUUCAGUACUCCACGGCGGCCCCUCCUCUCACUCAUCACGCAGUGCCGUACGUGUCUCGGGGUCCUGUGGCGGAAGAACCCGAGGUUCUGUUGCACACGUUGCUCAUGGUGCCGGAUGGCAAGAACUUCACUGGUGGGCUGGCGCAGGCCGUCAAUGUCUACUUGAACUGCAAACUCUUCUGGUGCGACGAGGUGGCGAGGUCUGUGGUCAGCUGGGGGCGCGCCAACCCUUCUUUUAACUUUGUCCAGGUAACACCCGUGGCUUUGAACUCACUCUUAUUGGAGCGAAUGAGGAACAACGUGAUGGUCAUCGAAGUGUGGCAGAAGACUGGCAGCUCCAGCCACGAGAGACUCUUCGGUCUCGUUAAACUGCCUCUACACCAGUUCUACAUGUCCUUCAGGGAUCCAAAGAUUACCCACCUCCUUCUCCAGGCGCAGUACCCCGUUUUAGGGGUGGAUUGCUACAUGCCGGUGGUGGACGUGUUCUCGGGCAGCUGCAGAGGAAGCCUCAGGGUCACACUGGCCAUGGGCCUCUGCGAGCAGGUACUGGCCCUGCAGCGAGCCAGAGACGAGGAGUGCGAUCCGCCGGGCCGAACCCCCCUUCGACCUCUUCACCUGCUCGACCACCAGCCCAGUGCACCUCCCAAGGUAAUCACCUCACAAGCACGAGCUAUGACGGAGCACGUGUUCAUGAUCAGGGUCGAAAAGCUGUCGGGCCUGACCCCUCUGCAGUCUACAGUGUGGGGCGAGGCCGACUGUUACGUACAAUACACGUUCCCGUCCCAGAAAGGUGCCGACGUCACCCUGGAUGAGUAUAACGCCAACCUGAAGCCUUUUCGUACCACCACCACGCUGUGCGUCCCCGAUCCGAUCUUCGGCCACACGGAGGCGCACGCUCUUUUGGCUCCUGAGGGCGUUCCCAUUCAGAAAGUGCUCCUCAGUUCUCUUUCCAGCCAAGGUCUCAGCGGUGGUGGGGGUGUGCAUUUUGAAGUGUGGUGCAGAUAUUAUUAUCCCAAUGUCCGAGACCAGCUGGUGGCCAAAGGAAUUCUCCCCUUGUCCAAGCUCUGUGCCAUGGUCACCUUGCAAGGACGGCAUCCCGACGAGGCCCAGAUGUUCUCGCUACCCCUCCUGCCGAAAGUUGAUGGCCUUGCGACGCCUCAGCCUCAUCCCUCUGGCCUUCUGGAUGUAUGUGUUCGAUACAAGUUCCGUCCACUGAGAGCAGACGUGCUGCCUGGCAGAGGACCCCCCUCAUCCCUUGUGACCCUCGUGGUUCAAGUGCAUAGGGGGUCUGGUUUGCAGGCAGCAGCCAGAGUCAUAGCCCAGCAGGACGAAAGGUUCGACUACUUUGCCACCGUAGGAGUUAACUCCUACGUGACCGUCCACCUGUCCUUCUUGCCCAAUGACGAGCCGACAUGUACCCGUACGGCCGCCAGGACCUUCUGCCCCGAGUUCGACCACCAUGCCGAAGUGCGCUGUGACAUACUGGUCCACAAGAGCGGCGGAGAAACCUGCAGUUUAGCUGAGCAGCUGGCGGAAGCUUGGGCUGUCUUCACCGUGUGGAACAAAGACAGCCGCAAAGGUAUUACCGCCAAGCCUCCAGAUGUGAUGUUGGGCACAGUGAAAAUCCCCCUACUCGACCUCCUCCGUAAAACAACAGGUAUUUUCGGCUGGUUCUCUAUCUAUGCAUCCCGGGAAUCCCCUCAAGGUCAGCACACGUCGGUUGGAGGCCUGGAGAUCUCGCUUGGCUUUUCCCACCACUCUGAGCGGGAGCGGGUCAUUCGGGCCGCUCAGGAUUUGGGCUGGGAUCCAACCCAGGCUCAGGUAGACUGUGACGACCAAGGCGCCUGGGAACAGAGCACCAGGAAGUUAUCACUGACCUUUUCCAUGCCCAGAGCAUGGUUACCGCUCCACUGCCUGUUCCUGCCGGGACACGACACCCUGCAGCGCUCCACCUACUGCUACCUUCGUUACAAGUUCUACGAGAACGAGGCCUACUGCUCGCACAUGAAGCAUCCGUGUGCUGGCGAGGGUGGCCAAGCCACCGUUACAUUUCAGGGGAGUCGCACCGUGGAGCUGAUGAGCUCCCAGCCACUAAUGUGGUACCUUCGAGAGGAGAAGCUGGAGGUGCAAGUGUGGGUGGCUUUCCAGAAGGACAAAAGCCAGAAGCCAAGGGACACCGACCGCCUGCUGGGGUCCGCCUUCAUUCAUCUGUCCUCGCUUGCUCAGGCUCACCAGGAGAAGUUGACUCUCAGUGGAGUGUAUCCACUGUUCAGACGCUCGGCGGCAGACUUGCAGGGCGCCGCUCUACGGGUGCACAUCAGCCUGACCGCCGGCAGCGUUCCAACUGCAGAAGAUGACCCGAUUGAAUCCGACAGCCAGGAAGAGACGUUAAUAGAGGAGCAGGCGCCGCCCACCUCACCUUCCACCCCGCCCCGAACUAAAGAAAGUCAUCCCACAGCAGAUGUCACGUUUUUGCCGCCUGUGGCGAUAAUGACUGAGGAUGAAUCCUUCCCAGUCACUGUUGGCGUGCAUGGGGCCAAGAACCUUAACGGCUGUCUGCCAUCUGGUAGCAGCGAAGGGAAGAUGUGCUGCUUUGUCUCGUAUGUCGCUGCUGACUGCACCGAGCCCAUAUCAACGGUUGCGGUGGCUGACACCAACUGCCCUGUUUGGGACCACGAGCACAACUGCAGGCUUUCCAAGCAGCUCCUACUUGACCCUCAACAGAGCUUGGUAUUCAAAGUCUGGCACAAAGGCACCGCAGAAGCGGAGCAGGUGAUAGGCUUCGCAGCCGUUGACCUGUCCCCGUUGCUGUGCGGCCUGCGGUUGCUGUGUGGCUGGUACAACGUCACAGAUUUCAGCGGCCAUUGCCACGGUCAGCUUAAAGUGUCUGUUAAGCCUUUGAAGUGGGUACAAGACCUCCGUGGGGAGAGAAAAGCUGCGGUAGACGCAGAGCCUUUUUCCCAGGUUGCGCCUUGCAGCUACCAAACCAGCGCCAUGUACACCAGCUUCCCUUCUCACAUCAGUCGAUACCCCGAGCAGCACAUCUCUUCACCUGACAGCGUGGGCCCACUCUUUCACAAAUUACCUGUGCCCAGUGAAAGCGAGCGGCACCAUGAGCACAUGGAAAAGGUACGUCUUCAUCAUCAGAGCCUUCAGGAGCAGGCUGCCCCUCAUUUGGUCUGCGACGGCAGUGGCGGGGACGUUAAUCCCUCAAGUUCUCUGCUCUUUGCUACGAUCAGGAAGAUAAUGAGCGAGCAGGACAACAUCCAGAGAUACUUCAGCAGCAAGCUCGGGUCGCCUGCCUUCCCGUCUACCACAGAUCGAGACGAACAGAAGAAACAGACUCCGAGUGACACGUGUCUGCAACUCAUCAGGUCCCCACCGUUAGCAGGCGAUGGCCGCAGUGGUCAAUGCCUACCAGCUUUGUCUUCCAUCGUCCAUGGGAGCUCAGCCAAUGAGAACCACCCUGAGAUGAUGAGUUCUUCCGUAGGAUCCUCAUCUUGUCGCCGGCUGCCAUUUCCAGCAUCUCAACCUGAGGAAGAAGAGGACGACGGUUGCAACAAGGAACCAGAAGCCACCGAUAAUGAUGAUGAAGAUGAUGAAGAAGAUGACGAAGAACAUAAAUCCCAGUGCAGCACUGAGGACGAGGAGGAGGAUUAUGAGGAAGAGGUGGUGGAGCCAAGGCAUUUAAACGAGGUGACGUUUUCCACGGAUAAGACGAGUCCCUGGAAUAGCAUCUUGUCAGAUCGGGACCUACCAGAGGCACAAGACGAGAUGAACUCCAGCAGGAAACAGGACCUCUCUCAACGCCGCCGAGCCGACAGUUUUGACAAGUCAUCAGAAGCAGCUUCAAACUCGCAGAGUGACGACGGCGACACCACGGGGGCUACAGCGGCCCGUUCUGGACGGUCCAUGCCAGAAAAUCAAGUCUCCCUUCCGAACUAUUUCCUGCCCUCAGACCAGCUGGAGGCCUCUCUCAAAGUGGUACACUUGGCAUCCUCUUUCUCCAAUUUAUCUAGCGACAGAGAGCGUGGCGUCACUCCGCAUCAAAUUCCUCGCAGGGGUCCAUGGCGCUGUCCCGACAUGUCACCCACCUCCAGGAAGAGAGAGACUGAAAGAUUUGCUAGAAUAUGCGCCACUCGCUUAGAUAUUGAUGACGAUUAGCAUGCUGUGUGUGUUUUGAUGUGUAGAAAUGGGGGGGAAGCUGCUGUAAAGUAAGUGUCCUGUUUUGUAUUUUUCUAAAUAAAUAUUUGCAAUCCA